AUGGCUCACGUUGACCCUCAGUGCUUUUGUGGAGCUGACGAGGAGACACUGGAGCAUCUCUUUUUUGAAUGUCGAGUUGCCAGGCUUGUGACAGGAUGGAUCUUUUUUAACCUGCUGCAGGUUGAUCCUACAGCAAAUAAGUUUACUGUCGACGAGUUACUCUUUGGUUUCACGACGGACCGUCGUCGUAAGAUUCCAUUGGUAAUUUUAUGGAUGCUUCAUACGAUGAAGCACAUCAUUUGGGUAGCUCGUUGUGAUUAUCGGUUUCGAGGCAAGAUGCCGUUGAGUCGGAUUGUCUCAACAAAUUGAUCGUCCGAAUCAAGUUUGUCCUUUGUCUUCUUGGUCGGAAAUGCAAGUCACCUGCUCAAGUUCGAUCUUUUGAGAAGGAGUGGCUUGCAAGUGGUCGUUUGGGUCAUUUCCAGGGCGAGAAGCUGGUCUUCUCUUUUUAAAUAUCUUUGUUGAUUCUGUGACCGGGGGUCGCCUUCAUUGGUUGAACUGCCGGAAUUGGAAUCAACUAUCCCCUUGCCUUCCUAGCUAGAUAUUAGAAUUUUCUUUGGCUGCUCUUCUCUUGUGGGAGGUGGCGUUUUUUAAUUGCCUAGUUUAGUCACAUGGUCCGGGGGUCUGGAAAUUUAACACGUUUCUUUUGGAUGAUGCUGAUUAUUGCUCCUUGGUUCGGUCUUUCUGGACAUUCUGGAAGACCCAAGAGGAUCAGUCCCUGGUUUCCCCACUGGAUUGGUGGGAUCAGGAUAAAUUUUAUUUGUGUGAGGUCACACGCUGUUUCGCUCGUGCCAGGGCUGCAAAGCAAGUUAAACACAAACGUGCCUUGAACAAGCAGUUGACACAGCUUCAGCGACGUUUUGAUGCUGGUGAUUCUGCCGCUUUUGCUGAGCUCUGCUCCAUCCAGGAGGAGCUUUGUGCCAUUCACCUUCGCAAAGCCAGAGCUUCUCAGGUGCGUGCUAGAUGUCGGUGGGCAGAGGAAGGUGAAACUUCCUCGGCCUUUUUCCUCAGCCUUGAGAAAAAACAUCGGGCCAAGCAAUCGGUGUCCAGCAUUCGCGAUCCCGAUUCUGGUAUUGUCCACCAUGACCCCUUUGCCAUCUUGGGGACUUGGCAGCAGUAUUACCAGAAGCUCUUCACAGCUGAUGUGUGUGAUGCGGCAGCGCAGGAUGCUGUCCUUGCACAAUUGACCAGGACGCUCAGCAAGGCAGAGACGGAGUCUUGUGAGGGUCUUCUCACAAUUGAGGAGUGCCAUAGAGGACUUGCUGGCAUGUUUCGAGGCAAAACUCCUGGUUCUGAUGGAUUCCCCAUGGAAAUUUUUGUAUCGUUCUGGGACGUCCUUGGCGUGGACCUGGUUCGAGUACUGAACUGUGCGUACGUGGGUGGGAGGCUUUCUACCUCUCAACGGCGGGUUUAAUAAUAGUUUUAUAUAAAAAAGAUGAUCGGUUGGAAACCAAAAAUUAUCGCCCUAUUAGUUUGGUCAAUGUAGACUACAAGAUUGCUACUAGGGCUAUUUCUGGUCGUCUUCUCGGUGUUAUCGGCUCGGUUGUUGGGUCUGAUCAGACGUGUGGUGUUCCUGGUCGCACCAUUUUGGAAAACCUCACUCUGAUCCGUGAUCUCAUUGAAUAUGCUGAUCGUGCUGAUAUGCCUCUUGCCCUCCUUUCCCUGGAUCAAGAGAAAGCAUUUGAUCGGGUUGAUUGGGCAUUUCUCCAACGAAUCCUUUCCAAAUUCGGUUUUGGGGAUUCCUUUCGCCAGUGGAUUUGCCUUUUUUAUACUGAGGUGCAAUCUGCUGUUGUUAUUAACGGUUGGACAUCCUCCUUUUUUCAACCAUCACGUGGGGUCCGCCAAGGCUGCCCCCUUUCGCCGCGUCUUUAUGUGCUAUGCAUCGAGGCGCUGGCAUGUAUGAUUACAGCCUCUCCUGACAUCGAGGGUGUUGCUUUGCCAGGGUGUGACCAGGUGUUUAAGUAUUCUGGUUAUGCAUAUGACACCUCUAUCGCAGUCACCUCAGAUGUUUCUAUGGCAGCAACCUUUGAUGUUUAUGCCCUGUACGAAAAAGCAUCUGGUGCCAAGCUUAAUCGUGGCAAAUCUAAGGGCAUGUGGUUGGGUGCUUGGAAGUCUCGGCAGGAUUCGCCGUAUGGAAUCCAAUGGGUAAAGGAACUGCGUGUUCUCGGCGGUACCUUUAGUGCCGGUGAUUAUUCCGUCCCAACAUGGGAACCUCCUGUGAGUAAACUUGAACAGCGGCUGUCGGCUUGGAAGGGUCGUCAACUAACUCUCCAAGGCAAAGGGACGGUCAUCAACAUGUUAGCCCUCUCCCAAAUUUGGCAUCUUUGCCAUGUUUUUGUCAUCCCGGAGUGGGCUAUCAAACGUAUCAAAAAGGCUGUUUGGGCGUUCUUUUGGUCUGGCCGCAAAGAUCUUGUUGCGCGACGGACUGUUUGCUUGCCCAAAGCUCAGGGGGGCUUUGGCGUGAUCAACUUUGAGCUGAAAGCCAAAGCCUUUUCUGUGCAGUGGGUGCGCCGUUACUUUUCGCCCACACCAGGCAAAUGGAAGGCUUUUUUCAGCUUUUUCUUGCUGUCAUGUCUUUCCAUCAUGCCAGUUCACGCUUUUUCGUUGGCUAAUUUUCCACGCCGCUUAAUUUCUCUUCUGCCUUCAUACUACCAGUUUCUGCUUCGCGCCUGGUUUCAGUUUGACGGGGGUGCAGUGGACGCGCUCCUAUCUUUGGAUGUCUCCUCCAAUAGACCUCACUCCCUCCCCGACAUCAAUUCCCAUACAGCCUAUGUCAUCGGUCGCCGGUUGGUCACUCCGGAGCCUCACUGCAUUGGCAAGUUCCGUCCCACCUACAGUCCGUUGUAUUGGUCUCAGAGCUGGGACCAAGUCCAUUUAACAACCUUGGACAGACCGGUAGUGGACGUGAACUGGAAAAUCGCGCACAGUGUUCUUUACACGGCCUCCCGUCUUGUCAACUCGUUCGGGAUGGCCAACAUCAAUGUGCUCUGUCAUUGCCGUGCAGAUGAGGAAUCCUUGGAACACCUUUUCUUCGAGUGUGCCUAUGCCAGAAUUCUCGUCGGUUGGGUGUUCGUCCUCAUGGUUGUUUGUCCAUCCGCUCCACCCUUUACCGUCGAGGAAUUGCUUUUCGGGGUCAACACAAACAGGUGUCGCAACGUCCCUAAGAUCAUCUUGUGGAUGUUGCAGGUAGUGAAGCACCACCUCUGGGUCGCUCGCUGUGACUUUCGUUUUUGCGGCGUGCUUCGCACAGAGGCAGAGUGCUUGAAGGCAAUGAUCGCACGUUUGAAAUUUCUUCUCAAAGUGGUCGCCGGCCGCUGUCGUUCUCCUUCUCAAAUCCGGUCGUUUGAGAAGCAGUGGUUGGCAAAUAACACUCUCGGGCACUUUGAGGGCGAGAAGCUGGUCUUCUCAUUUUAA